GUUAGUGAUCCACGCCCAAGAAAGACAAGUGAAGUUGUCAUUAUGAAUCAGAUUGGAAACUGACGUAAUUUAGUGUACAAAACAAAAAUAAGUUUGAGAUAAAAGUCGAUUCGGGACGAAACUUCGACAUUCCCAGACGAGAUCGAGCAGCCAUGAAUGGGAUGUUGGGGUCGGGUGAUCUCAUCAAAUUGAAUGUUGGUGGUACGCGGUUCUCUACAUCUCGACAGACCUUGACUUGGAUCCCAGAUUCAUUUUUUUCUAGCCUACUUAGUGGAAGAAUAUCAUCAGUCAAAGAUGAAACCGGAGCAAUAUUCAUUGAUAGAGACCCCAGCUUCUUUGUGCCUAUCUUGAAUUAUUUGAGGACCAAGGAGCUCAAUAUCAAAGGCUUUGAUAUACAGGCACUCAAACACGAGGCUGAAUUCUAUGGCAUAUCACCAUUGGUAAAAAAGCUGACAUUAUGCGAGGAACUUGACCGGUCGUCUUGCGGCAGUGUACUGUUUCAUGGCUUUCUUCCCCCAUCUCCUUUCCCUGUCAGACAUGACUUGAUAGAUCAACAGAGGUAUAGCUUCGCUAGCGAGGCGGAGCUCAGAACAAGACCCGGCUCCAGAGGGGGUUCAGGACGGGAUCAACGGCCAGCCUCGGCGAUUGAUAUCAGACAUUCCAAGCAUGAUCUAGAUAUACCACUAGAUGCAAGCAUUGAUCCGCGCCGAGUGCUCAUCGUCAGCGGCCACCACAACUGGAUCGUGCUGGGCUAUGCUCACUUCGUCUGUUGCUACCGCAUCAAGGAGUCCACGGGAUGGCAUCUCGUCUUCCAGUCUCCCCACCUGGAGCAGACAGUGCACAGGGUCGCUCUUAACCCCAAGGUGGGUGGGGCAGCCCAUACUGAGAACAGGGAGAAGAUGGUUGCCGUGGCGUUUGGCAGCCAGAUCAGGAUGUGGAGCAGUAACGAAGGAGAGGAGAAAGUGGAAAUCGGGACCUUUAACCUUGGUGUGAAGGUGGAUAGCUUAUUCUUCAUUGGUAGUCAGCUCGUAGCAACCAGUCACGUUGGCAAGGUCGGGGUGUGGCAUGCCCUGACACAGACAUGGCAGGUUCAAGAUGUCAAUCCCAUAGCCAGCUAUGACACAGCAGGGUCUUUUCUGUUACUUGGAUGUACAAAUGGAUCUAUAUACUACAUAGAUAUGCAAAAGUUUCCAUUGAGAAUAAAGGACAAGGAUCUACUGGUUACCGAGUUAUACAAGGACCCUGCCAAUGAUGCCGUCACAGCUCUCAGUGUGUACCUGACACCAAAAAGCAGUUUGAGUGGAAACUGGAUUGAGAUAGCAUAUGGGACUAGCUCUGGCAAGGUCCGAGUCAUAGUCCAGCACCCAGAAACAGUCGGUCAAGGACCUCAGCUCUUCCAGACCUUCACCGUUCAUCGAAAUCCUAUCACUAAAGUGAUGCUCUCAGAGAAAUACUUAGUUUCCGUCUGUUCUGAGUACAACCACGCCCGUACGUGGACAGUGACCCGGUUCAGAGGGAUGAUCUCUACUCAACCUGGGUCGACUCCUUUGGCUUCCUUUAAAGUAUUGUCUCUGGAGGACUCAGAGCCAUAUCCUUGCCAUCAGGUUGGCAAUGAUAUUGGGCCAUUUGGAGAGAGGGAUGAUCAACAAGUGUUUGUUCAGAAGGUAGUCCCAGAUACCGACCAAGUCUAUGUUAGACUAUCGUCUACUGGGCAGAGGGUGUGUCAAAUCAGAUCAGUAGACGGCAGCAGCAUCUCGUCAUUUUGCGUCCACGAGUGCGAGGGGUCAAGUAGAAUGGGGUCACGACCUCGGAGGUAUCUCUUUACAGGUCAUGCCAACGGUGGAGUACAGAUGUGGGAUCUGACCACUGCCAUGGACAUAUUCAACAAGAAUGAAAAAGUAGAAAAGAGUUCAGCAGAAGGUCUUCCCGGUGGGCCCACUGAAGAGGAGCUUAUCAAGCUACUCGGAGGGUGUGAUGUGAGUGCCUCCCGCUGCACCACACCCUCCAUGAGCCCCGCCUCCUCCCAGCUCAUCCCCCUCCUACGCACCACCCAGCUCCGAGCUUCCAGCACCACGCUUCGCCAACCGAGCAUGGAGGAGAUCCAUCCUAGAGGAGCGGAGGGGGGCCAGGAUGAGGGAAGCGAUGGAGAUCAUCCACCGAUGCACAGGGAUGGGGUCGGUGGCCUUGCUGAAGCGUGGAAGGAGAGUAGUUCACAUACGACACCUCAUAAAAUUUCUCAUUGUUGAUACCUGUGGAUAUACAGAUUAAAUCUGUCCAUAGUAUCAUUUUAAUUCUACUCUUAAAGGCGUAAAGUUGCAUGAAACCUCAGUCGAUAGAUUAUGGUUUCACAAUCGUGACGUGGGAUCGAGUCCCAGUUGGUGGGCUAUUAAUGUCCUGUAUAAGGGACAGGUGUUAAUAAAUUAUUCUUUCUUGCCUUUGCACACUCCUGGAAGCUGUAAUUUGGCUCUUUCAUCAUCAUCAUGUGGGGAAUGAAUUAUUGUCUGAUGACUAGAGAGGUGCCUUUUCUAGGGGUUUUUUGGUGAUACUUAAAAUGCAGAUUUCUUAGAAAUAACUUAUUUAUAAACUUGAGGAAUGUUGCAAUAUCUAUGUAGGUAACUUGGGCCCUGCAACUGUAACAUCAAGAAAUACAAUCAAUCUCUGCAAUUGAUUCUAACUUCUUGUAGUACAUAAUUUUAUAUAUGUCAGAGAUAGGAUAGCAAGUUGAGCUCUUUGUGAGUGACAAAUUUUGUUUCUCAAGACAGUCACACAACUGUGUCUGCCCCUAGUCAUACAAUUUAAAACUAAUGUAUAAUUUGUCAAAAUACAGGGCGAUGGUUUGUCUGCUUCAUUUAUAUGCUGCAUUUCACAUGAUUAAGUCUAUGUCAGUUGAUUUUACAUCGUUGUUUUAUCUUUUUAUUUAAUAUGACCUCUUGUUAUGUCACAAACAGGUGUGAAUUACUGUGAGAUUUUACAAUAAAAAUAGAAUUUAUGAGAAUGGUAAAUGUGAAAGUUGAUAGCAACUUUUGUGGUUUACUCUAGAGAGGUGUCCAAUAAUUAAUUUUAGAAUCAUAUUGAUUUCAACUGGGGCUGAAUGUGUUCUCCAACAUCCAAAAGGCAUAAUUCUGUAUCCAAGCACAUUUGCAAAGCCUGGAAUACUCCCCAGGGAGUUGAUGACUAGGCUAAUGAUACAUAGGAAAGUGCUUACAUGUGUACAAUGUAUGCUGUAUCCAUCUUAUAAAUAACCAGAUUAUUUUAUUAAGUGUAUGCUCAAAUACAUGUUGAUAAAUUUCAUUUUUAUAUUUUUGUAUUGAUUUGUAUUUAUUGCUAUUU